GCCUCAGUUGCUGGAUAUGACAUACAAAGAGUGGCUGAUCAUGCUAAUAAUCUUGCCUAUAAAUUCGUAGUAACUUGACCAACUCAAUGAAAGCCCUUGGAGUAAGCAUAUACUGACAGGUGUUCGAUACAAUCUUUGUAUAAUUAUUCUGGCUAUGGACAAUCAAGUGGAAAGCUUAUUUUAGGACUAUUAUCUAAGCCUACUUCCUUGAAUGAGUUGCUGAAAAAUGCAGAGAGCUUAUCGGAGAACCAUUUCUCUCCUCAACGAGAAAUGUUCUGCAUUGCUUUUCGCGAAAGCAAACAGCCCAUUAAUCUUCUUUCUCAGAAAACCGCAUUUGUCUGUGUCUCUAAUAUGUUAUCAGACGAAUCCCAAUGGUAGAAUGGAAUUCGGAGGAUUUGGGCCUGUUUGCGUGAGAACGAUUCCACAUGACUCCACGGAUGACAAAGACGCCGAUGAAUUUUCUGCCGACGUCGAAAAGGUGUACAGGAUUCUGAGGAAAUUCCACACCAGGGUUCCUAAAUUGGAGCUUGCUUUGCAGGAGUCCGGUGUCAUUUUACGCUCGGGUCUACCAGAACGAGUUUUAAACCGGUGUGGCGAUGCCGGGAACUUGGGUUACAGGUUCUUUGUCUGGUGUUCGAAGCAACCGGGUUAUAGGCAUAGUUAUGAAGUGUACAAAGCCAUGAUUAAAACUCUGGGGAAGAUGAGACAAUUUGGAGCCGUUUGGGCAUUGAUUGAGGAAAUGAGAAAUGAGAAUCCGUACAUGUUAACCCCCGAAGUGUUCAUUGUUUUGAUGAGGAGGUUCGCUUCCGCAAGAAUGGUAAAAAAAGCAGUCGAGGUGCUUGAUGAAAUGCCAAAGUAUGGGUGCGAACCUGAUGAAUACGUAUUUGGGUGUCUUCUUGAUGCUUUGUGCAAGAAUGGUAGUGUUAAAGAAGCAGCUUCGCUAUUUGAGGAUAUGAGAAUUCGGUUUAAUCCACAUCUCAAACAUUUCACUUCAUUGUUGUAUGGUUGGUGCAGAGAAGGCAAGAUUUUGGAGGCGAAGUACGUGUUGGUGCAGAUAAAGGAAGCAGGUUUUGAGCCCGAUAUUGUGGUUUACAAUAUUUUACUCGGUGGGUAUGCUCAAGCAGGGAAAAUGCGGGAUGCUUUUGAUCUUUUGGAGGAGAUGAGGAGAGUGAAUUGUGGGCCAAAUGCGGCUUCUUAUACAAUUUUGAUUCAGGCUUUUUGUAAACUAGAAAAGAUGGAUGAAGCAAUGCGUAUGUUUAUCGAGAUGCAAGGGAGUGGAUGUGAGGCAGACGUUGUGACUUAUACAACUCUCAUAAGUGGGUUUUGCAAGUUGGGAAACACAGACAGGGCUUAUGAAAUCUUGGAUGAUAUGAUUCGGAAAGGCCAUGAUCCUAGUCAGUUGACUUAUUUGUGUAUAAUGAUGGCGCAUGAAAAGAAGGAAGAGCUGGAAGACUGUAUGGAACUUAUGGAAGAAAUGAGGAAGAUCGGUUGCUUCCCAGACCUUAACAUCUAUAACACAGUGAUAAGGUUAGUCUGGAAGUUGGGGGAGCUUAAGGAAGCUGUUCGACUUUGGGACGAAAUGGAAGCAGGUGGGCUUAAUGCAGGUCUUGACACAUAUAUCGUGAUGAUUCAUGGGUUUCUUAGUCAAGGUUGUCUAAUUGAAGCUUGUGAUUACUUCAAAGAAAUGGUUGAAAGAGGUCUUUUAUCUGCUCCACAGUAUGGUACGUUGAAGGAGUUAACAAAUGCUCUAUUGAGAGCUCAAAAGCUUGAAGUGGCAAAAAACAUGUGGAGUUGCAUAACAACUAAAGGAUGUGAGCUUAAUGUCAAUGCUUGGACAAUCUGGAUUCAUGCACUUUUCUCGAAUGGGAAUGUGAAGGAAGCUUGUUCAUACUGCUUGGACAUGAUGGAGGCAGACCUCAUGCCACAGCCAGAUACUUUUGCCAAGCUAAUGCGCGGGCUAAAUAAACUUUACAACAGACAACUAGCUGUAGAGAUCACAGAGAAGGUGAGGAAGAUGGCUGCAGAUAGACAGAUCACUUUCAAGAUGUACAAGAGACGGGGGGAGAGAGAUUUAAAAGAGAAGAUCAAGGCUAAAGUAGAUGGAAGGAAAAGGAGGGCCCGUAGAUGCCGUUGGAGCGGAGUGCGGAAGAAAACUAAAGCUUUGUAAUUUAGGAGCCCUUGUCUUGAAGAAUGAUUCAUUUUGCAGUCUUUUAGACUUUCCAUAGCGUUUUUCUAAACGUGUUGGUAGACGAUGUUAUUGAAAGCCUUUGACUUUUAAUAGCGUUUUUUAAUGCUAUGCUAAAUGAUAUAAAAAAUUAUUUUUUAUUGCAUAA